UUGCGGCUGUUGUGUUUAGAUUAAGAGUGAGUUAGUCACUUUUCCUCUUUUGUCACCAAUGAAACAAUACAGAGUUAGUCUACUCUUGAAAAUGGGAGUGGGGUUCAAACUGAAGAGAGUGAUUUAGGUAUAAAUUAAAAUUUAGACCAAAUUUAGAUUGAGGCAACAGCUGGUGGGGAGUGUGCAGGUGAAGAUGUUGCUGUUUGUUUCACGGACAAUUUGCUGGAUCUUGACCAGAGAGCUCUGCAUAAGGAAGUCAAGGAGGAGAAUCAUGGGGUCAUGGACCCUCUUGAUGGUGAUGAAUUGGAAGGGAAGACCAAGGGGGACCACAACAGAAUUCACAUAGCAGAGAAGUCAGAUAAAUAUACAAAGUGUGGAGAGAACAUCUGCCAGAGCCCCCAGUCCACCUCACAUCAAGGAAAGAGCUUUGUUCGGAGGGAUAGAAUCUCUUCACAUGAAAGAACUAACAGCGGAGAGAAAUUGUAUCAGUGCAGAGAAUGUGGGAAGAGCUUCACUCGGAAGAAUGGUCUCACUUGCCAUCAAAGAAUUCAUACAGGGGAGAAACCCUAUCAGUGCUUGGAAUGUGGAAAUAACUUCAGUCGGAAAGAACAGCUCACUUCCCAUCAAAUAAUUCAUACAGGGGAGAAACCCUAUGAGUGCUUAAAGUGUGGAAAGAGCUUCAAUCGGAAAGAUGGUCUCACUUCCCAUCAAAGAAUUCAUACAGGGGAGAAACCCUUUCAAUGCCUUGAGUGUGGAAAGAGCUUCCGUCACAGUUCCGGUCUCACUUCCCAUCAAGGAAUUCAUAAAGGGGACAAACCCUAUCAGUGCUUAGAAUGCGGAAAGAGCUUUAAUCGGAAGGAUGGUCUCAGUAUCCAUCAAAGAAUUCAUACAGGGGAGAAACCUUUUCAAUGCCUUGAGUGUGGGAAGAGCUUUCGUCACAGUUCCAGUCUCACUUCCCAUCAAAGAAUUCACACAGGGAAGAAACCCUAUCAAUGCUUAGAAUGCGGAAAGAGCUUCAGUCAAAGUUGCAAUCUAACUUCUCAUCAAAGAGUCCAUACACGGGAGAAACCCUAUCAGUGCUUGAAAUGUGGGAAGAGCUUCAGUCACAGAGAGAUUCUCACUUGCCAUCAAAGAAUUCAUACAGGGGAGAAACCCUAUCAGUGCUUGGAAUGUGGAAAGCGCUUUAGUCAAAGUGCACAUCUCACUUCCCAUCAAAUAAUUCAUACAGGGAAGAAACCCUAUCAGUGCUUAGAAUGUGGAAAGAGCUUUCGUCAGAGGGUGCAGCUCACUUCCCAUAACAGAAUUCAUACAGGGGAGAAACCCCAUCAGUGCUUGGAAUGUGGAAAGAGCUUUCGUCAGAGAGGUGAUCUCACUUCCCAUCAAAGAGUCCAUACAGGCGAGAAACCAUAUCAGUGCUUGGAAUGUGGAAAAAGCUUCACUAAGAGGAUGCAGCUUACUUCCCAUCACAGAAUUCAUACAGGGGAGAAACCAUAUCGAUGCCUGGAAUGUGGAAAGAGCUUCAGGUAUAUGCAGUGUCUUAGUUUGCAUCAAAAACUUCAUACGGGGGAGAAACCCUAUCAGUGUUUUGAAUGUGGAAAGAGCUUCAGCCAAGGGACCCAUCUCACUUCCCAUCAAAGAAUUCAUACAGGGGAGAAACCAUAUCAAUGCUUAAAAUGUGGGAAGAGCUUCAGUCUCAGGCACAGUCUCACUUUGCACCAAAGAAUUCAUACAGGAAGGAAACCCUAUCAGUGCUUGGAAUGUGGAAAGAGCUUUCGUCACUGUUCCACUCUCACUUUCCAUCAAAGAAUUCAUAAAGGGGAGAAACCAUAUCAGUGUUUGGAUUGUGGAAAGAGCUUCCGGGAGGGGGCCAAGCUCACUUCUCAUCAAAGAAUUCACACAGGGGAGAAACCUUUUCAAUGCCAUGAGUGUGGAAAGAGCUUUCGUCACAGUUCCACUCUCACUUUCCAUCAAAGAAUUCACACAGGGGAGAAACCUUUUCAAUGCCAUGAGUGUGGAAAGAGCUUUCGUCACAAUUCCUAUCGCACGAUCCAUCAAAGAACUCAUACAGGUCAGAAACCAUAUCAGUGCUUUGAAUGUGGGAAAAACUUCAGUCAAAGCACCCAUCUCAAGACCCAUCAAAGAAUUCAUACAGGGGAGAAACCAUAUCAGUGCUUGGAAUGUGGAAAGAGCUUCAUUCGGAAGGAUGUUCUCACUUCCCAUCAAAGAAUUCAUACAGAGGGAAAACCAAAAAAGAAAAAUAAUAACGCAAACAUUAUUGAACAACCGUUACAAAACACAUUUGUAUAGAAAAGAGAAAGGGCAUGGGAAAAUAACUAAAAAUACCCUUAAUCACA